AUCCAUUUCGUGUCCUCUUCCCCACACUAUAUAUAUCGAGGGAUCGGUGGGUUGUUGAAGCACAAAACAUCCGUCGUUGGCUCGGAAACAUGACCGAAGAAGAGAAGAAACGCGGCGAGGCGGAGAUCCAGCGGUGGCUUGAGGUCGGGAGUGUCGAGAUCCCGCCGGCCGAUGUCCGGAUCGUGACGUCCGGCGGGCGGCGAAUACCUGUUCACUCCACCGUUCUGGCUUCUGCGUCGCCUGUGCUGGAGAGCAUACUGGGUGGACCGCAUAAGGGCAGGAGUCGAGGAAGGGAGAUCCCCAUUCUUGGCGUCCCAUGCGACGCUGUCCAUGCCUUCGUUCACUCACUCUACUUUGCCAGGCGGGCGUACGACAGGUGCGUGUCGGCCACAGAGGAGGAGAUGAUCGGGGAGCACGGAAUGCACCUGUUGGCGCUGUCGCACGCGUACCGCGUCGGGUGGUUGAAGCGCGCUGCCGAGCGGGCGCUCUCGUUGCGGCUGACCGCCGAGGGCGUGGUGGACGUGCUGGUGCUGUCGCAGCGGUGCGACGCGCCGCGCCUCCACCUGCGGUGCAUGCAGCUGCUGUCGAAGGACUUCGCCGCGGUGGAGCAGACCGAGGCCUGGCGGUUCCUCCAGGACCACGACCCCUGGCUCGAGCUCCACAUCCUCCAGUUCCUCCACCACGCCCACCUGCGGCGGCGGCGGCAGGCGAGGAGGAAGGCGGAGCAGAGGCUGUACGCGGAGCUGCACGAGGCCAUGGACUGCUUGCGCCACAUCUGCGCCGACGGGUGCGGGGAGGUGGGGCCCUCAGGCCGGCUCCUUCCAGCCGACGCCCGCCCCCCCUGCCCCAACGCCGUCAGUUGCCGCGGCCUCCGGCAGCUCAUCCGCCACUUCGCGGCGUGCGACCGGCAGAAGCGGCAGCAGCACGGGUGCCGACGCUGCAAGCGCCUGUGGCAGCUGCUCCGCCUCCACGCCUCCAUCUGCGACGAGGUCGACGACGCCUCCUGCAAGGUUCCCCUCUGCAUACAAUUCAAGCAGAGGAUGCAGGAGAAGGAAGGGGAAUUGGAGGAGGACGAGGACGAGAGAUGGAGGCUACUGGUGAAGAAGGUGGCCUCCGCUAGAGUUAUGUCGCACUUGGCCAAGAGGCAGAGUCAAGUAUUAGUUUAAUGAUAUAUUUUGUCGGCUAAAUUACAUUAAUGGUCUGAUCGAGUUCUGAAUUUAAAUUUCUGUUAAUUAUUGCCUU